AAUAAUCUGUUCACUGAGACUUAGUUUAUGGUCUGCUAGGGUCACUGAGAUCCUUAUCUUACUCUAACUUUGGUAAAUACAUAGAUAAAAAGAUAAAAUGCAGAGGUGAGAGUGACUGCCCAUGAAGUCAAGGUGCAUUUGACCCAAUAUGACAUCAGGAGCCUUAUUAACAUUGAAGUCAGUAGAAUUUGGGGAAUGUGGGAAGCUCUUCACUGCUAGUGCCUAGCAAAAGGGAGAUAGUUAUUGGAGCUCAGUCAUCUCAGUUUCAGGACAUCGUUGCAGGUAUUCCUCAGGAUAUUGUCUUUGGCCAGCUACUUCAUCCAUUGCCUUCCUUCCACCAUAACGUCAGAAGUGGCGAUGUGAAACCAUCAGUGAACAAUGCUGACACUACUUCCAAUGACUGAUGCUGAGGCAGCCCAUGUCCAUAUGCAGUCAGAUGAGGAUAACCUCCAGGCUUGGGCUGAUGAAUGGUCAGCACAUUCAUGGCACACAAGUGCUAGCUGGUAGCUAUGUCAAACGAGAUGCCGACUGUUCACAAAUAGCGAGCAAUGAAUGGAACUUUGAUCCCAAAUACUCCGUUUGCUGUUGAUUUCUGGCAGGUUCGGAAGUGCAGCCAUGUCCGUUUUUUCUUUCUGUCCCACUUGCACAGUGAUCAUACAUCAGGUCUCUCCUCCACCUGGAGCAGACCAAUAUAUUGCUCUCCCAUAACUGCCAAGUUGUUGCGUUGGAAGUUUCAGGUGGAUGAAAUCUGGAUCCACCCAUUGGAGUUAGGGGAGAGCCACCUCCUAUAUCUUGAUGAAUUUGGGAAAGAGACGAUGACUGUGACAUUGAUUGACAGCAAUCACUGCCCUGGCUCCGUCAUGUUUCUCUUUGAAGGUUAUUUUGGCACAGUUCUGUAUACAGCGGAUUUCCGUUACACACCUGUGAUGUUCACCCAUCCACCACUGAACACAGAAAGAAGGAUAGAUCUCCUGUAUCUAGACAAUACAAACUGUGACCCCGAGUCCAUGGUGCCUUCCCGUCAAGAAGCUACUGAUGAGAUCAAAGCAAUAAUCAACGCUCACCCGGAGCACAAUGUAGUCAUUGGUCUGUAUAACUUGGGCAAAGAAUCAUUAUUAAUAGAACUGGCUAUGAUAUUUAAAACUUGGAUUGUGGUGAGUCCUCGGAGACUUCAGAUGUUUCAGCUUUUGGGAUUGUGCAAUGUCUUCACUUCAGAGGUGGGAGCCGGAAGAAUCCAAGUCGUAGACCAGAAUGAAAUUAACCGAUUCAACAUGGUCAAAUGGAGUCAAAUGUGCCCUACAAUUGCUAUUAUCCCCACAAGCCGAAAAAUAAGAGUCUGCCACAAAGAUGUGCAUGUGGUUCCCUAUUCAGAUCACUCCUCGUUUCAGGAAUUGCAAGAGUUUGUGGCCAGAUUGAAACCUUGUACUAUUAUCCCUGUGGUGAAAACUAAGGCAUGUGAGGCAUACUUCUGUCAAUACCUCAGUCCAGUUGAUGAUUUAAAGCAAAUCCAAGUUCCAGAAACACUAAAAGAAUGUAUGCAGAAGAAGGCAAAAUGCAAAAAAAUGCUCAUUCACCCGAAUACAAGACUAAGAUCUCUGGUUAUUCCGAAAGGUGUCAUGUUUGAGUCACCAGAAAAACUGCAACAAGACUACACCAGUAAAAACAAAUUGUGUAUAGAAAGAUCAAGUUCUGACAGCAAUAAGGAGGCAUUCCAAAAUAAUGACAAAAUACUGGUACCACCAAAGCAAGUCUGGCAAGACUUGACUGAAGACAGCAAUCUGAGUGCAGGGAAGAGUAUUGAUAUUAAGGAUAAAUUGUAUGAAGAAAAUAUCAACAGAAUUCUAGUGCCAAUGAAACGAAAAAUAAGAGUUCCCUUAUUCAAAGAGCAGAAAUCCAAAGUUCCUUUAUUUGGGAUACCUGUAAGGGCAAGACAAGCUUCUUUGCUGAACUGGUACCAAGAUGGGAAAUCUGCACAUCAUUUUUUAGCAAAGCAACCAACUAGAAACAGCAAUCCAAAACAUCACCUGCCUCAUAGGCUAUCACCACUGAAUGCAAGCACAUCAUUGACAGCAAACGGGCCUUCUUCGCCAUCAGAUACUUGUGUGGGACAAGAGAAUGGAGAGCAACAUAAAUUUGAACAAAUUGUGUCUGUUUCCAUUUCGCAUGCUGGCAAGACCUGCAAAAGUAAACAAAGUUUAACUGGUGAAAACUGUGUGACUUCAGUGCAGAGUUGGUGUUAUGCCAGUCUGAAAUCUUUUGAUGCUAUUGUUGAACAAUAUUUUAAGAGAAAGAGUAAAGCACUUAUGAAAAAUACAGUGCAUUAGAGUGUCAUAGGCGAUUGGUAUGACAUGAAUGUAUGAUAUUUUUCCAGGAAUCCUGCAACUUGGUAAUUUGCACAAGGGCAUUUAUUCUUGUUCCCAAAUGCCCAUUAUGCAGGUUCUCAUUUCGUGGGUUAUUUCCAAUAGUUUGUGGGCUCUGAUAGUGCAUAUAUACGAAACUGGUUAAAACUUUUGAAACACAUUAGCAAAUGCAGCAAAAGCUCAGCACUUGCAAAUUAUCAAACUUUGUAGGGGAAUUUAUGUUCUUCCACUCCAUUCUUGGUCAUCAAAGUAGAAGAUAAUGUUGGAAACAUUUAUCAUUCUGAAUUAAAAAUUUUAACAAGAAGUUCAAAUAUUUUUUCAAUAUUUUAUUCUUCCGUUUUAUAGAAUGAAAUGAACCCUGGUAUCUUGAUUUUCUGUAAUGAAAUAAAAAAAGGUUAUGUGCAGCAAAGUGAAGUAAAAGAUUAAAGUGUUAAUUUGUGAAACCUUAUGAAAGCUGACAGAUUAAAAGAACUAAGCCCCAUUAUAAGAUUGAAUAAAACAGAUAGGAGGGAAGAGCAAUUGAUAAAGUUUGAGAGUACUGAUAUACUGUCUACUUUUCCAGAGAUAUAUCUGAUGGAUUUUAUCAUGUAUGGACUUUCUUCAAAGUUCAUUUUUAUCAACAGGUGCUUUGUGUACAUCCAGAUUCUUGUUGAGUAGUUGAUGUGAACAGUGGCAGAAUAUGUCAUUGAGGACAGCUAUCUUACCACAAGCCUUUAGUUAUGAAGGUCAUAAACUGGUAAUGCAAAAGUAAUCAUGCUCACCCUGACUCACUUUCCAGCUUUGUCUCUUGUUUACUACCAUCACGUGUUUCUGUCAGAUGAUGUACCCAAGCUGGGAGAUUUGCUAUGUUGAAUUUUGCCUCCCCACCUUCUAAAUCAUUAAAUAUUAUGUUGCAGUAGCACAAAAAUUAUUACUGUAAUUUUCUGAAUAUAGUUAA